GCAGCAAACCGCGAACAGUGUGGCCGAACCUGCUUCGAGCCACGGAGAAACUAUGGUGAAGCCAAACGCUCCUUUACCACAGCAAGGAUUUCAGGCGCGACCGCAAGGUCCCCCUCCGUCUCCGAGAAAUUCGAUAAAUAAUGGUCCUAUAGGCGUACUUCGACCUGGACCACCAUUACGGCGAUUAGAUAGCCGUUCCUCUUUAGGUCCACCGCCAGCCUCGGGUCAAUUCGUGCAGCUUAGGCCUUACGGUCCGCCAAGACCACCGGGGGGUUCUUUCCCUCCAAGGUCACCGCAACCCGGCCAGCUGCCUCCACAGAAUCCGUUACUACCUCCGAAUCAACGUUUUGUGUAUUCCCCGGGGAUUCGAGGUCCCCCGCCACAAGGAGCAGGAGGUCAAAGGCCACCCUUCGUCGUUAACCAACAGGCAUAUCAAGCGCAGCAACAGCAGCAGCAGCAGCAGCGAGGUGGCAACGAUCCACGAUUUCAACGACCGGACGUCGCACCUUCACAAAACGAACCGCGACGACCUAGCCAAGAAUCCAUUUUCCCACGACAGUUAUUGAGAAAUGACUCGUCGGUAAGCCUGCAGCGACAGCACCUUUUGUCAAACGAGGAAAUCAAGCAACCGACACGACCACGUAUUGUUAUUGAAAAGAUGGCGGACAUCAAUGAGACAGGCGCUGAUAAACCGGAGGGCUACCUGCAGAGAAAGAAAUCCGAUGUUCGCGAAAAUGGCGAGAACGACGACGACGAUGACGUCGUGAUGGAUAAUAACAAGUCGCCGCGACUCUAUGGCAAUGGUACUUCUGAGGAAUUGAUGAAUGGUUCCAAAUCGCCCUUAAUCCCGAGAAAACUCGAAGAUGUUAGUAGACCCGCGAGCCGACCUGGAACAGCUACUACUGAAAGUAAGGUGGAGCAAAUGGAUGAUAAACAAAACAUACCCUCAAAACCAAGUUCUGCUAACAUCGAUCAUACGGCAACGUUUAGUUCUCAAAGUAGACCAUCUUCCGCAGUAAAUGACAAAGUAGAAAAAAAGGAGGGACAACUCGCUGGUGUACUGUCAAAAGAGAUUAACGUUGCAUCCGAGGAAAUAAAAAAAUCCAGCAGUCCGUAUAAUGACGAUGCACAAAAUGUCGAACAGAGCUUGAAGACUCCUUCGAAAUCUUCGGACAAUUCGCGAUCUGCUACUCCAUCUUAUCUAGACACUCCUCAUAACGCGGAACAGAACAGAAGUCCGGAUAAAUCGCGUUCCAGCACUCCAGCUCGACUGGAGCCACCUAGAAACGCGGAACAAGGACCAAAGACUCCAGUUAAGUCUCCGGAUAAGUCGCGUUCGAGCACUCCAGCCGGCCUGGAAUCAUCCGGAAACGCAGAACUGGAAUCGAGAACACCGGAGUCGAAGUCGCCAGAUAAAUCGCGUGCGAGUACCCCGGCUUCGCAGUUGGCGUCAUCUCCGAAUGCGGAGAGAGAGCCGGAAGCCGCGACGAAAACGCCCAACAAAUCACGUUCGAGCACACCUCAGGCUCGAAUAGACUCGAGUAACAUCGAGACAGACAAAUCCGCCGAGAAUCCACACCGCGACAAAUCCGCCGAGAGUAUUUUGCGGGUGAAAGAGUCCAGUAGACCAGCGUCAUCGUUGAGUUCGACGAGCGAGAAAGGCAGCAAAUCGCCGAAGUCUCCGAGGCCACCCGCGACACCAGGGAAUCGAGACAAACUGUCAGGAUCAGUUUCACCCGAAGAAGUAAAGGGCUAUGAUAACGGACAGCCGAGAAUGCUGUCUUCCAGUCGUAGCCCGCGAUUACCGAAAUCACCUGUCGAUAGCGGGAAACAAGACGAGAAAAAGAAAACGUCCUUCGUCGAAGACUCAGUUAUCGAUGAAAAAGCGAACAAAACUUCAGCAGCGAUGUCAAAGCCCACCACUCUCACAGUUAAAAGUCCAACAUCGGCGAAACCAGACGACGAGAAGAAAGCUGCAGAGAAAAAAGCGGUCCAAAACGGCAGAGCGAGAGAAUCGGUUAGCGGGGCACAGAAUACGAAUGGAGAUGACAAAAGAUCGAACGCAGGAUCGCCUACGAAAUCCACUAAAUCAUUACCGAAAACUCCUGACACACCUACUUCGACCGCUCAAGAUAAAAAGAAAUUGCCGAUGAAUAAAGUUCAAGUUGGCGCUGCACCCUCCCCGAAUCUGAAGACUGUACGAUCGAAGAUCGGUUCUCUAGACAAUGCAAGUUACAAACCGGGCGGUGGUAAAGUAAAAAUUGAAAACAGGAAGCUCGACUUCAGCAAAGCGCAACCGAAGAUCGCCGCGAAGAACGAGAAGUAUGCGCCCAGUGGAGGCGACAAGAAGAUUUCUCAAGUGAAACUUCAGUGGAAUGCCAAGUCCAAAAUAGGCUCUUUGGAGAACGCAACUUACAAACCAGGAGGUGGUGACAAGAAAAUCGAAACGGUAAAACUCGACUUCAAGGACAAAGCAAAAUCAAAAGUCGGAUCCAAAGACAAUGCGAAGCAUAUUCCUGGUGGUGGCACCGUCAAGUCCGCAACUUCGCCAAAGGCACCGCAGGAAACGAAGAAUGACAUCCCGACGCAAAAAAUAGACAUCAAGGCCGAAAGCAAGAUCGGUUCGUUGGACAACGUGAAGCACAAGCCGGGUGGUGGCGACAAAAAAAUUUUCAACGACAGAGAUUAUCUUCGGCAGACGAGUUCUAACGUUGAGAGCUUGAAUGGCAGCGGGUCCCAGAGCCCCGUGCCCUCCGGCGCGAUCACCGGCAAGAACGGCCUGCCAGCCUCGGACGAGAACCUGAACCAGGAAUGCUAGGUCACGAAAAGUCGGCCGAUAGACCCGCUUUAAUUAUAUCAUUUGCAUAUGAUUAAUCACGUUUAUCCAUCUACCCCCUUUGGAGGACGAACGAGCGCUGUCCUUGCGCGAUCGAGAAAAACAUUGAGAUGUACGGUGCACGGAACUCCUCGAAAAAAGGAGCACCGCGAUCGAUAUCUCGUCUACGCAAACGAUAAAAUUUGCGCGACGAACGAAUUAAAUCAGCGAGGCAGUUAUCGCGUUGAUUUGUUAUCGAAGGCAAUGCGAGGUUCUCGAGUACUUUUAUUUCGCAUUCACAGCGAUUUUAGUUAUUUUUAAAGAGAGAUAAAGCGAAUACGUCAUCGUGCGUUGCGUGAAAACACCCUUUAUUCAAAGACUUACGUAACAGAAUUACGUAAAUGCGCAAAUCAUAAAGCAUACAAAGGAACCAAAGAACUGAAAAAAAAAAAACAUUUUACUUUGUUGCAAUAUAUACCGAUAAGGAACGGAUUUGAAAAACAAUUUCCAUGCGCAUGAGAGCUCUUUGUCUUUUUAAGAGAUAGCUUUUUUAUCAAGGGUUCCUAUCAAGAUACAUUUUUGCGAUUUUUUAAAUCAUUAUAUCGACGAAUUUUCAUACGCCUUCGCUACGUGAAUAUUAAUAUUAAUAUUUGCGAACUUUUUCAAUUUUUGAUACGCAUUUGUGCCAUAAUCAACAUAUAUCACGAAUUGCAACUUAAUUCUUUCAUAUACGAUUUUAAUGUUUCAAUGCAUCAUAAUAAGGCAAAAUCGCUUAAAAAAUUAACAAUGCGCGCGAAGAUGACAAAGCUAUCGACAAAGAAGAGAAUAAAUAUAAUUAUAGAUAUGUCUUCAAAUUUUAUUUUGCAAACGACAAGAAUGUGUAAUUUUUUAAAUUUAAUUUAUAAUAUUACUAAUCAUAUUCAAUUUUGCGAGUGUAAAACUGAGAAUUUUAUUCUUACUAUUUAAUUUAUCGCUAUAGUGUCAUAUUCGCUUUCGUAUCCGUAGAAGAUUCCAAUGAAAGUACAAAAAAUCACACAAACCCGUGCGUCGUUGUAACGUGUGCAGGAAAGACCAUCGCGUCCUCUUAGGGGGAAUAGACGUUAAACAAACGCGCGUACAUUAAUUUCCGCAUGGGGAAGUCUUAACAGCCGACAAUCCCUCGAUAUCGUGCGUACGUUGCAUUUCGCCGGAAUUACGGGGUACAUACGUCAUCCCGAAUAGUUAAAUCGCGAACGACGAUACGUAGUUACCGUUCACGUGAGCAAUCUUUGACACGUGGUCGAUCUAAUGAUUUCUGAGGAGACGGAAGACUAUAGCAAUCUUGAUCGACAUGUAUAUGAAUCGUAAGGGAGCGUUGCAUGAGCUUCAGUUCAUUAUGGAUAACUUAGCUUUUUGCGCCAAGUAUGCACGCGUUGCAGCCGUGGCUAUGAUACAAAAAAAAUUCGCGUUGUUGUAUCUCAUUGUGUGCGUUCCGUUUCACGCAUUAUAUACUCAUGAUGUAUCAGUUUAUCCUUGUUGUUCACCGAAUAUUAAAAAAAGAUAAAAUGUCUCUCUAAAUUCUUUGAAGUGGAAUCUCUCUAAAUGAAAAAUUAGUCAGUCAAUGAGUGACUCAAUUUUCGAUGUUUCAGAAUAAUUUCGUUAUUCAGAAUGAGAUUCACUCUAAAAGUUUUAGAGAAGAUCGCAUGCGUGAAACGCAACGCUUUGUCAAAGCUUUAUGCGCGGAGUUAUCCAGGAUAUGUUCGGUGCAAUGGGGUCGCGAAGGUGGAGAAGAAAGUGCCAGAAGAGCCGUGUAACACGCAGGUGAAUCGCGACGUGUUCGCGUGAGACACCCAUCAAGUACAUUUGGAUUAAUUAGACAGAUUGCGCUUAGACGACAGGACAUACGAGAUAUUCGUGUAAACCUUACUGUAGAUACGUAAUCAACACAUUGCAUCCCACGAGUAUACAUAAUAUAUAAGUAUAUAUAUAUAUAUAUAAAAUAUCGGUGGUGCGAAAAAAGAGCCAUCGGGAGAUGAUCAGUGAUGGUGAGUGUUUGUCAACGGAAAGGAGAGAUCGAUGGAGAAUGCGUGUGGCUACGCCAAAAAUAAAAUCUCUCACUUUUACGUCACUACACUAUCUUAGGUACCUCGUGCAAUUUACACAUCGCUAAAAGAAAAAAGGAAGGGAGUGGGGGAGAUAUGUAUAAUGCAUUAUUUACACUGUAUUGCUUCCACAUAAAUUAUUAAGAGAUAAUAUGAUUCAAUUAACGUGCUGCGAUAUUUCACAGAGACAGAGAAUGAUAAUUAACGUUUAGAUCCUCGUAAUUGUCACAAGUUACCACUUCAUACGAAACGCAAUAGUGUAACAACGCGUCCACUGCGCAUCUGGAUUAGGAUCGCUCUGGAGAGACAUUGUAAUAAUAUUUUUGUUUUUAAAUUUAUUCCGUUCUUUGUCUCUCAACACCCGAAUGCAUCCUCCCCCAAUUUUCUUGCUGAGAAAGAAGCGGUUGCGUCUCCUUUAUCUCUUCGUAAGAAUCUAUCUUUAUUUAUCUUUAUAAAAAUACAUGUAGAACGUAACUAUUUAGUCUUAUUAUAUAAACACUAAAAACAAAACGUGCAGCAAAAGAUAUGUGUGUAACAGUCGUCACGCGAUAGGUAACAUCCAGGAGCAAGAUUCUUUGAUUAUAUUCAUUUUAAGGAUCCAUUAAAAUCCGUCUAAUCUAAUCUAUUAAAAAAUUUUUAAUUUAUUAACGUUACGAUAU